AGAUGCUUGUGUCAUUAUUUGCCUUCGUGUGGAAGUUGCAAGGAGUUGCUUUCAUUGCGUGACAUUGCUAACGUGAUUGACUGUUCAUAUUGAGGACGUGGGAAGCCUUUGGACAGUAAGACAUCCUGAUAGAUCUUGCAUACAUGAUAUGUAAAAGUCAUGUGAUCCAAGACUAAGGGGUGUGUCGAGUUAGCAAGGCCAGAAGGUGAUAAAGAUGAUAAGAGUGUUAGUAGAAGACUGUAGAAGUGGGAAGCAUCACGCCCCAUCCGGGAGUGCUUGUGGAGUGAGGAAGUGGAGGGAACACCACUAAUACAGGGCAAGCACAAGUGACAGCAGUGGUGUGUUGAGUCAUGGGGACAACCAACCAAGAUGUGGCGUGCUAUUUGGUCACCAAACAUUCAGCAUGGAAGGGAAAGUACAAGCGUGUGUUCAGCGUGGGGAACGCUGGCAUCACUACCUACAAUCCAAGCAGUAUGGAGGUGACCAACCAGUGGUAUUACCAUGACUUCAUCAACAUUACUCCAGCCCUCAAGGGGGUGGGACAGGUUCCAAAUGAGUACAUAAUCACUAUGCGUAAAGGGAAAAAGGUUGACAACAUGCGGUUUUCGUCCGAGCACCGCACAGACAUACUUUCUGAAGCACUUAUAUUCAGACACAGCUUUGCAGACCCAAUUCUUGACAACUUGAGAGCCAAUGGCCAGAAGGUGCACUGGUCUGAGGUGCGGCAGCCAGUGGUGCUGGAGGUGACGCCAUGCUCGCUGGACCAGCUGGACUCUGCUACAGGGACUCCUCUUGCCUCCUAUAUGUACAGAGAUAUUGAGGCUCUGGUCCCUGUGUCUGACAUCCCAGGUGGACUGUGCAUUCAGAGUGGAGGGUUCGGAAGGUUACACAUUUUUUCCACGGAUCGUAGAGAUGAAAUCUUAAAAAAGGUGGAAGACAAUGCAAAGAAAUAUAUUGGUAUAUCUAUCCCAUCAAAGAAGGUUAGCAUCACUCUGCAGAAAGCCAUGGAGACAAGACUGGGAAAGUACAGUGGAGAUGAGCACAUAACAUCAUUAUGUGAAUUCCCUGUGCACAAAGUAAGUCAUAGACACAAUGAUCCAGUGAGAAGAACUUUGUGUGUCAGUGAGACGUGUCUGCUUGAACGUGAUCCCAAUUCGUAUGCUGUGGUCACUCUGCACCCACUGUCUGAUGUGUUUGCUUUGGUCAGAAACCAAGACAACCCACAGAUGUUUUCAGUGGAGUAUGUGAGAGGAGGAAACAGGAGCUAUACCUCCUCAGACAGAGACUCCCUACUUGCUUCCCUCAUCGAUGGUGUGCGUGCCUCGGGUAAUCUUGAUGUGCACGUACGCAUGACACCCACUGCACGUGGUCGUCGUUUGGGUCCACUGGAGGUUCCUGUGGAUGAGGAGGUGGAGUCCAUGCACCUAAAGUUCCUGCAGCAGCCUCCACCAGGAUGGACAUUCAUGGAGGCUGUGGAGAGAUUUAAUGCUAAUGUGUCUUAUUCAGGCCUUCUCCAUGCUGUCACUGCAGAGGGUUUCUUCGCUGAGAACAAAGAGAGGCUGAUCACAGGCGGCAUUGGAUCCUUGGUGAUCCGAGAGGGGGACCAAGCUACCCUGCCGGCAGAGGAGGUGGAGGCACAGUUCCAUGCUCUCAGGAGAUUAGUUGCUUCCAAAGCUGGGUUUGCCUGCCUAACCUCCUUGUCUGGGUUCCGAGAAAAAGUUGGAGUGAAGGUGGUGAAGGCACUAAUGAGGAAUAAUGAUGGAAUCAACCAUGCUGCACUGGACAUGCUGUGUGCCAUUAUGCAGCCAAUGCAUGACCACCCAGAUCUCAAACAGGAGCAGCUCAACAAGGCCUCCCUCCUGGCAUCUUCAAAGUUCCAGGAGAAGCUGCUGGAGACGUGGGUGUAUCAUGUGACCCACGGAACAGGGGCACUUGUAGUUUCUGCCAUGCUGGACUUCUUAACCUUUGCCCUCUGUGCGCCUUAUAGUGAGACAACAGAUGGUUCUCAUUUUGACCGCCUGCUGGAAAUGGUGGCUGACAAUGGCAGGUCCUUGUACAGACUCUUCCAGCACCCAUCACUUGCCAUUGUCAAAGGAGCAGGAUUAAUCCUAAAAGCUGUGAUAGAGGAAGGAGAAAAUGACAUCCCUUCACGCAUGCAGCAGCUGGCCCUGACUGAGGGUGCUCUCCCUCAUCACCUGUACACAGCUCUCUUCACACAGACUGCAGAUGGCCGGCUCCUCACCCACCGACAGCUGUCCCGCAGCCUUGUGGCACUCUGGGCAGCAGAGAACAGACUUGCCACUGAGCUUUUAGAACGGACUGUGCCUUCAGGACUGCUAGCCUUCCUUGACAGUAAGGAUACGGUCCCUCUAGAUGACAUAGACCGCCUCAACAUUCGAGACAACUUGAAGAUAGCAGAGGAAGAUGAGAGGAACAAGAAGAACCAAGUGCUUGACACACUUGACCGGGCAUACAAGACCUCGGUGAAGAAGGUGGAACAUCUAAUGGAGAAACACAUGGAUAAAAUAGAGACUGUGGAAAGACAAUUGCAAGUAGGGGCCAGACACAUAGAGGCUUACUACGAGGCAUAUCUGGAGAAACACGUUGAUGUUGCACUACAACACUGGAGGUCAAGAAUGAAAAAGGAAAAGUCAGUGGAAGAAAAGUUCCGAGAACGACCUCUCGUUUUAAGGAAGAGAAGAGAGAAACUCAAAUCAACUGCUAAUUGGCCUCUCUUCUAUUACAAGUUCAAUGUAGACCAUGCUCUUCCAAACCUGAUUUGGAACUACAAGACAAGGGAAGAGCUGAGGGUGGCACUAGAAGGUGAGAUGCGAGCCUUCACUGAGGAUAGGGAUGUGCGAGGUGCCAUGGUGGUGGCCUGGAAUCAUCAGGAAUUUGAGGUUAGUUAUCAAUCCCUGAAGGAUGAAAUUAAGAUUGGAGACUAUUACCUCAGGAUCCUUCUAGAGCAGGAAAACAGCACAGCCCAAGAGGAAUCACCGAUCAGAAAAUCACACGAGUUCUUCAACGACCUGUAUCAUCGAUUCCUGCUGACUCCAAAAGUGGCCAUGAAGUGCCUGUGUCUACAGGCUAUGACUCUAGUGUAUGGCCUGCAUCACAAGGAUAUUGGUCAGUUUAAUGACACACGGUAUAUUGUGACCAUGUUGGCUCGUACUUGUGACAAGUUGGAGAGGGACAGGUUACUGCUAUUCCUAAACAAGUUGAUAUUAGAGAAAAGAAAUGUACGUGAGAUGGUGGAGGCAGGGGGUGUUCGCAUCCUGGUGGACCUCCUAACAUUAGCUCAUCUCCAUGUGAGCCGUGCUGUCACACCGACACAAACCAAUGUGAUAGAAGCAUCCCCAGACAUGGCCAGGGAUUCAGAGAAGGAGUGGUACUAUCAGGGUUCUAACAAGGAGCGUGCUGGACCUUUCAGUUUCAAGGAGCUGAAGGACUGUUGGACCAGUGGGACCCUGACACCCAAGACACUGUGCUGGGCCCAAGGCAUGGAUGGCUGGCAUCCCCUCACCAACAUUCCCCAGCUGAAGUGGUCCCUGGCAGCCACAGGAACUGCAGUGAUGACCGAGAGCGACCUGGCCACCCUGGUGCUGAACAUGCUCAUCACCACGUGCAAGUACUUCCCCUCACGCACAGAUGAUGGAGCCGUCAUCCGCCCAUUGCCCCGCAUCAAGAGGCUACUCUCAGAUGCCGUCUCUCUUCCCCACAUCGUCCAGUUGUUACUCACGUUUGAUCCUGUGUUGGUGGAGAAGGUAUCAACUCUCUUGACUGAGAUCAUGCAAGACAACCCACAGAUGUCCACAGUUUACACCUCAGGAGUGUUUUACUUCAUCCUCAUGUACAUGGGCUCCAAUGUGCUUCCCAUUGGCCGCUUCUUGCACAUGUCUCACAUGCAACAGUCCUUUAGAGCUGAGGAGAAUACUGGUGGAGACAUCAUGCAGCAGAGCAUUCUGGGUCAGAUCCUCCCUGAAGCCAUGGUGUGUUAUCUAGAGAAUUAUGGAGCUGAGAAGUUUGCUGAGAUCUUCUUGGGUGAAUUUGAUACUCCAGAGGUCAUUUGGAGCAAUGAGAUGCGUCGUCACAUGAUUGAAAAGCUGGCCUCUCACCUGGCAGACUUCACCCCACGCUUGAUGAGCAACACUCGAGCACUGUAUCAGUACUGUGCUAUUCCUCACAUAAUCUAUCCGCAGCUGCAGUAUGAACUCUUCUGUGAUAUUUACUAUCUAAAGCACUUGUGUGAUGUUGAACGCUUCCCAGAUUGGCCCAUUAAAGAUCCUGUGGCUCUGCUGAAGCGAGUUUUGGCAGCUUGGCAGACUGAGGUGGAGAAGCAGCCAUCUUCCAUUACUGUUGAGGAUGCUUACCAAGAGCUUGGACUGGAGCAGGAUAUACGUCAUGAUGAUGCCAAAAUCCGUAAAGCUUACUUCAGGCUGGCCCAGAAGUACCAUCCUGAUAAAAAUCCUGAUGGAAGGGAUAUAUUUGAGCGAGUCAACAAAGCUUACGAGUUCCUGUGCAGCCGGACAGCCCAUCAAGUGGAUGGCCCUGACCCGCGAAAUAUCCUUCUUGUGAUAAGAACACAAAGCAUCUUGUUUUCUCGUUACAAAGAUGUAUUGGCACCCUACAAAUAUUCUGGUUACCCAAUGCUCAUCAAGACCAUCCAGCUUGAGGCUGAUGAUGAGCAGCUUUUCAGUAAGGAGACAUCACUUUUGGCAGCAGCAGCAGAGCUUACUUAUCACACCAUCAACUGUUCUGCCUUGAAUGCUGAAGAGCUAAGGAGAGAAAAAGGACUUGAGGUGCUGCAAGGUGCAUAUAACAGAUGUGUAAGUGUGCUGAAUAGCAGCAGCAAACCAAAUGAUGUAGCAGUGCAGGUGUGUGCCAACAUUGCCCGCUGCUACACUGCUGCUGCCUCCUUCCCCAUGUGUCGGGAGAAACUAAUAGAGAUGUCACACUUCAUCAAGGAUCUAUGCCACACCCUCUACUUUAAGUCCUUGUUGCGUGUGUGUUUGGUAGGCGUGGAGUGUGUGUCAGCAUUGGCCAUUGACCAAAUCCUGCAGAUGAAUUUGUUACAAGCAGGAAUCCUUUGGCACCUCUUGCCCUUCCUCUUCUCCUAUGACUACACACUGGAUGAAGGUGGCGUUAGCAAGUGCGAGGAUUCCAACCAACAGGAGCUGAGCAACCGGUUAGCUAAAAUGGCCCUGUAUGCUUGUGGGCGACUGGCAGGAGCUUACACUGAGGAGAGUCGUGCCACUCCUGUCAAUGCCGUCAUCCAGGGGGUGUUGCAGAAGCUUCUAACUCCAUAUAUUACUUCCCUCAUACCUACUGCUUCAUCAGAGGAGGUGUUGAAGAUCUUGACCAGCAACGUGGAGACCCCAUACCUCAUAUGGGACAAUGGGACACGAACACAGCUCAUUGAUUUCCUCACUACCAACCAGCAAGCCCAUGUACGCACUGGAGAGUCGGACCCUGAGUAUGGAGCAGCCUUUGAGUUUGAUGCACACAAGGAUGAACUGGUGAUUGGCGGUGUGUUCAUCAGGAUCUACAAUGAGCAGCCAUCAUUCCCCAUAAAGAAGUCCAAAGAGCUGACCCUGGAGCUGCUGCAGUACAUUGGAGGCGAGACACAGUACCUCCACUCCUUGCUGUCCCUGUCUUCAGCCUCUUUGUCUCACCCACGGCUUGCCAGGGUUGGAGAUGCCCUCAGAGCACUUGUUAAUGUCAUCAAGAAUAACCCAGGACGAGAUUGUAAAGACUCUCCAGAUGGUGAACGGAAACCAGGUGUUGAGAUGCAGUGCAUAGGCCACUUCAAGCUGCUGUUUUCCUUGCUACGUCUUGAGGGGUGUGUGGCUGUGCAGCAGAGUGUGCUGGCUGUGAUGGAGGGAGUGACAGGGAAUGCAGACUGUGUUAGUGACAUUGCUGCCUCAGAGGUGUUGGUGUAUCUGAUGUUGGCUUUGCACUCCCCUGCCUUGGUUCAUGAUCGCCUGACAGCGCUCAAUAUCCUCCAUGCCCUCAUGUCCAACACUAAGGUCGUUAAGGAGGCUCUUAACAAAGGAGGAGUCAUGUACCUCCUCAACCUUUUCUGUUCUUCUGAUGAUGCGGAGGUGAGAGAGAAAACUGCUGAGCUGAUGGGCAAGAUGACCUGUGACAAACUGGUGGGGCCAAGGGUUAGACUCAUCCUCCUCAGGAUUCUUCCAUCAGCCCUUGUUGACCAAAUGCGGGACUCCCCCAACACAGCUGUCCACAUGUAUGAAGCACAACACGAGAACCCUGAGCUCAUAUGGACAGAUGACUCUAGGGAGAAGGUGUCUGCAGUGGUAGCCCGCUUGGUGGAGGAGAUCCAUACCCAGCAAUGUGAAGAUCCAAAUGUUGUGUGGAAGUUCCCUGAUGAUGUGUCCUUGUCUUCCACUUCUGGAGAAGUGGUGGUUGGUGGGGUGUACAUGCGACUGUUGGUAUCCAACCCUACCUGGGUAUUGCGGAAGCCGAAGGCCUUUGUGUCUGAUCUUUUUGAUGCUCUGCUGGAUCAUAUGACAAAGAAUAAUGAUGGUGACACAUUUGAGUUGGUGUUGAGUGCAUUGGUGGCAGUGUUGACUGCCCAGCGCACCCUGCUGGAAUACCUGCCUCAACUUGGCCAUGUCCCACGAGUGGUGGCUCAUCUUGCCUCUAAGAAUUUAGUCGUGGUGCGUGCAGCUACACAUGCCACACAUCAGUUCACAUGUAGCCAGGUAUGCCUCACUGUCCUUGAAGGGACAGAAGUAGUGGCUGGAUUGGUGUCUGCAAUGAAGAUUCGGCCAGAUGUGGUUGGUGUGGCUUGUGAGGCCCUCCACAACCUAUUCUCCACUGGUGAGGUAGCAGCAACAGCCUUUGUUGAUCAGGGCCUCAAGGCUAAUGUGAUACCAUUUCUCCUUUCCCUGCUGGGCUCAACACUUGAUGCAAAAGUUCAAAAGCCAGCCUCUACCAAAGCCCAAAUAGUGGUUUGUUUGAAAACAAUGGCAGCCUCUCCCCAACAUAGUGAAGAGGUGACGGCCCUGCUGGAGAAGUCCCCAGUAUGGGCACAGUACCGGGACCAAAAACACGAUCUGUUCAUCGAGGCUGCCCCCACGAUUGCUGGGAGUUUGAUGGGAGGCCCUGGCAUUGCUGGCUGCAUCACACAGGGUCCCUCCCGUUCCAUGCCCUCCACCCCACCCUCCAUUACCAACACUCGGAAGUUGCCAGAAAUGCCCUGAAGGAGGCUUGUUAAUCCCAAGGUUUUGUGUACAAGUCGUUAAUUUAUUUCCUAAGAGUGAAUCAAUUGAGAGGGACAAAUUCCAUGUAGGUUUAGUGUACUCAGAUAGACUUUGGGAAUUGAAUUUUGUUGAAAAUUGAUUAUUUGAAAAUAAUUUCUUGAAUUUUUGAAACUCUAUAUUAUAUGAAGUACAGGCAAGAUAAUGGUGGUGGAAUUUUUCAUGAUCAAAAUUACCUAAUUACAAGUUGAAAAAAUUGUAUUUUACCUGCACAGUGAUAUAUACUUGACUGCCAGAUACCUCUCCAAGUUCUGUACUUCUUUACAAGGAUGUGCUUGGACAUAGAACAUAAGGAUCUCCUAUUUUGAUAUCAGAUGAUAGGCAGUUGUUUUUAUUAUUUUUUAGGAAUGUGUCAAUAUCAAGAGAUUUAUUUUCUUCUCUUUUUCUAUCAAAUGGAGUGCCACUGUGCAUCUUCAUAAUGUGAAAUAUACUUACUUGUCACAUCACAAUAGAAAGAGGCAGUAGAAAGCACAGUACCUAUUAUGUGAUACAUAACAUUAUAUUUCAUGGCACAGUGUGUUCCUAGGGAGGUGGUUUCAAAUUAUCAUCAUGAAGGAAAUGCUUUCCUAGCUCUAAUACAAAAUUUUAGCUUCUAAGUUUGGCAAAAACAUUAUCUUAUGCAUCUCAAUUAUGCUUUCCCAACUACCAGGUGAAUUGGCAAACACAAAAUCUGAACAUAUCACAAUUGAUUUCCUCCUCUAAUAAGAUUGCAUUUCAUCUCAUUAUGUGCUGCAGUAGCAGCUGAUACUAGAUUUCAGAUCCUGCAAAUGUUAAUGUCAUUUUCUCUCUGCCAUCUCUGCUUAUUGUAUGUAUCAAUACAUCAUUCAUCAUCAUCAUCAUCAUCAUCAUAUUUUCAUCUUCAUAAUCAUUUGUAAGGUCAUUUAAGAUAAUUGUGAUGAAGGCUCAGGACUCAACAUAAGGAAAAUAACUGGAGACUGAUUAACCAGUAUCUUAAUACAGGCAUCCAUCAUCUAACAUCUGAAAUGUAUUACUAGAGAUUAAUGAAUCAUGCUUCCAAAGUUAAAACUAUUUUUAAGAUCACUUCUAUGAUACUUUGACAAUUUAAAAAGCUAAAUUGUUCAAGGAUAACAACCCAGCCUAACUUUUUUUUUUAUUUCCUUAUUUUUAAAAUGUGCUUUAAGAUUUUUCAAAACUAGACAUGAUCUGACAGCAAUCUUGGGUUUUAAAUUACAAUAUUUCUAAUGUUGGAGGGUGUACCUAAGAGGAAUAUGUUAUGGAGUCAUAAAAUUCUUUGGGUUAGCUACUUCUUUUUAUAGAUAAUUCACAUUAAGAAAUUCAAGUAUCAGAAGAUAGAAAUAUAUAUUAAUAAUAUAUAUAUUUGAGUAAUAAACACUGAAGAAAUAUUGAUAUUAAUAUGAAAAGAAAGAUAACUAUAGGUCUGACUUUAUUCCAUGCUUAUUAGGUAUUUCAUGGGAAACACUUAAAAGAAUUUUUUUUAUUAUUUUUUUAUUGAAAGGAAUAUCAUGUAAAUAUUAAGAAUGAAAGAAAAUUAUGCAUAUAAAUGAAGCGGUCAUAAUUCAUCUUAGGUGUUACAGAUCUCCAAAAUAGGUUGAAUAUUGAAAAGCCAAUGCAACUUAAUGUGAAUGAUAUUUUCAAAUUUCUGGAGUUUUGUGUUGCAGGAAAGAGGAAAAGUGCAGGAAGACAUUGUUGAAGAACUUAGUAAAGAAAUGAAUAACCUUGCAUCACUGGGAUUGAAAUAUAAGUGAAAGUUAAAUAGGACUAUGUAGAGCAGGGCUUUUAGUGAUCAGAGGGGAUGGUAUUUAGUCAGUAACUGGAACUGUGAAUGAUAGAAUUGAACAAUGGAUGGAAUUAAUUUUUUUGAUAAGAAAAAGGUUGAGAACCCCUGCUCUUGAGGGACAAGAAUCAAUCUUCCCUGCACCACAUUAUGUAAGGCUCAGUUGCACAGCAUAUUUAACCCCUUCCUGGCGGAGGAUCUAUAUAUAGACAUUUUGAAAACGGAACUUUUUGUUGGAUCGUCUAUAUAUAGAUGCUUGUUCUUAUUUUAGUGUAUUAAGUUGUAGCAUGGUCUAUAUAUAGGUGAUUCCUUACGUGACAAAAUUCAUAAAAUAAAUAAUUAUUUGGCAUGUCAACUACCCAAACACUAGUCAGCAUGACCUCUCAAGGUCGGUCACCACUCAUGCUUUGUUGAUGUUGGAUGUGCUACACACAAACUAAUACUGGAUAUUUUUGCAUUCUUUACACUUUUUUUUUUUUUAUCAUUAGCCUAUCAUGUCAAAGAGAAAGAACUGUACCACACACCUGCAACAUUGCCUAAAAAUUACUAGGUAUAAAAAGAGUACAUAUGUGAAAAAAUAUGAAGAAAAGUGGAAGUAAAUUACAUCCAGGUCACAAGUCCUGGAUGUGAGUAACUAAAACAUUCAUAUAAACAUAUUGACAUAUUAUCACCAAUCAAACACAAACAACACUUACAUAUAGAUUCAAUUGUUUGUUCAGUUUUGCAGCAGAGUCUAUAUAUAGAUGUCAAUCAGGAGUACCCAUUUGUUGGGAAACUAUAUAUAGACAUAUGGAUGGAAGUUAAUAGCAUCUAUAUAUAGACAAUUUCUUAUUUGGUAGUUUGCUCAUCUGCCCUGCUGCCAGGAAGGGGUUAAGCAUUUCUUCAUCGGGAGCAAAGUAUGUGUAGUAUAUUGCAAUACAGUAACAAUAUAUGAAAGUUUUUUCAAAAUAUGAUGCUGCAUUUAUUUCAUGGACUAGGUGAUUUACAUAGUUCUGUAGUCACAGCUUUAAGGAGCAAGCACUCCUCCAGCCACUUGACAGGUCAGGUUGUUGAGUAUUGCAGCGAAAUAACAAAUAUCAGGAGAGUUUUUCAGCUACAACAAGCUUAUAUGUUUAUUUAGUGACAAAUUAUGUAUGGUAUAGAAACACAAUAGAGUCAGAGGGGUGAGGAAUAGCAGUGCCACCAGAGAAUAGAUUGCUGGCAGCCCUGCAGUGUAUCAGAUCACUGUAUGCCCUCACCAAGCCAGCUGCUGUCAAAGUGUCACUAGCACUAUUGCAAUUCUUAUAGGGUCAAGCAGGUUAAAGUAGGACUGAGAUUCUAUCCUCUACUUGUACACUUAAAAUUGUAUGGAGACUGUCCAGAUGGAAUCUUGUUAGCAGUACCUAUACUUUCAGUCAGGGUACUCACUCGUCCUACUCUUAGAUGGACAGUUAGACAUUGCUGAACAACACAGUUACAUAUUAUGGCUGAUUCCACAUUUCAUCCACAAAUCACAACCACUCAAGAAUCAGAUUUUAAUGCAAUGUCAUCCUAAAUCAUUCUUAUACUUCAUUGAAUAAUAAUUAGUAAAGUAGGGGUUGAAACAAGGCUAGGUAAUACUACACUCCUUUUAAACUGCCAGCUUUGAGCUCCAUCAUCAUACACAAGUCAUCAGGAAAGCAUUCAGGUGUAUGAACCCCAUAGUUGAUCAAAUAUGGCAAUAGGGAAUUGUGGCUGAGAUGGUUGUUUUGGUCUUGCAUACCAGUGUUUUAUGUCUCUUAUUAUAUUUUGUUCUAUGUCUACUCUCAGCAAUAAUAAAUGCAUCUGCUACAUACAUAGGGGCAUGUGUAAAAGCUUAUGAUUAUUUUUUUUAUUGUGCAUAUUUGCUAAGAAUUAUUGAUGUUGUAAUGAUAGAAAGCUUGUAUGAAGCUCACCAUUGUUGUGCCUCAUUAUUACACUGCCAAAUUAUUGUUCAGUCACCUGGCCUUAUCUUGACAGGUUUUUUUUUUUUUUUUUUUUUUCAGCCAACUCUUAAGCAAGGAGAGAACUUUAGGUUAUGGCUGUAGAAUUUUGCUCAAUAUUCAGCAAAAUGUUUGAACACUUAACAACAUCAGCUUGUAGGCAUUAUUACUUUAUGAAGCAGUUGAGUGAAAUAUUUAAGUACUUGACUUUUAGCCAAUGAUACAGAAAGAAGUGCUCAUAACAUUUGCAAAAUAACACGGUUUACUUAAUUUUAAUAUCCUUCAAGUUCAGCUAUUAACAUUGCAGUUGUUUACUCACUGCUACUUGAAAAAUAGGUGCUAACUCAUCCUAAGGCAGCAGGUCAUUCAAAUACUAUUCCACAAUUUUUCAAGGUUACCCAUAGAGUCAAUUGCAAAUAGAGAUCUUUAUUUCUAAGUCCUGUAUGUAAAUACUAACCAAUUCUGUAUCAUUGUAUCAGAAACUAAAGUUUAUUCAGAUUAACUACAUAUGGGUAUCACAGGGUUGAGUGAGAACUCGCUAUGGCCAAGCCAGGGUUUUAUAUGGUGCCUGCUUCUUUCUUUCCCUUACUGAUUUUCCUUUUUACUUUUGGUUUUUACUUAUAUAUUGUUUUUGUAUAUCUUGUGUACAUAUGUAUUCCUUUGCAAGCCCUUUUCUUGGUAUUUCUUGUCAAGUGUAAUUUGAAGCAAUCAUAAAAUUCUGAGAACAUUUUUUUCUCCAGAAGAGUCAGUGGUCAUAAGUUGUAACUGAUAAUAGUACCUAUUUGCUUUUGGUGCCUCUUUGAUUAUGUUGCUGGUGAACCUUUCUCAUGUGUGGAAAUAAUACAUAGAUUUAAAGUACUCAUUUCUUUGAUCUCUAUCUCACACAAAUGAUUUAUAUUAGACUUGGACUGUCAGUUAUUUCAUGGAAGAUCACUUAGAAUAGUUAUGUUGGAUGUAGCUAUCAAAUUGUCUCAUCUUUUCAAUAUUGCUAAGUUCCAUUUACUUACAGAAUUUGGUUAUAGGAGCUCUCUAAUUAGACUCUUCAGCAGUGAACUGAUAAAAGAAUAGAAAGUGUGUCAUUCACAGACAAAUAAUGAACAAAAAUUUCCUUGUACAUACUUAUAAGACAGAUAUAGAAAAUGAUGGAGCACUGACCUGUAAAUGACUAAUUAAGAAGAGUUCUUUAUAACAUAUUUAGUAGUAAACAAUUUGUCACCAUUGGCCACUGUUCACAAUCACUUUUGCAGAACUAGGCCAAGAUCUCCAUGUUUUUUUCAUCAAUAUUGACAUCAUCAUCAUCAUCAUCAUAGUUAUUUAAUCUAUGAAACAGUCACUUACCAGCUGUGGUGCCCUGCUUCAGAUGUGGCCUUUAUUGGCUUGCUGGGCGUAGGAAACAUGCUGACUGAUCCCAACUGCUAGUCAUCCUCACCCGAUGAAUUAACAUAAAACUUGUAGUGAGCUCUCCAUCUUUAGCCCUUCUCCAUAGUAGUUCUUCAGUUUGCAACCACAUUUUUCAUCUAUAACCUUUUGAAGUUUUGAAUUAUUUUUAAUAAUGGUAAAGCAUAAAGAGUUUUGUUCCAUGCUCUGCAAUAGUUUUUGAUAUUAGUAAUUUUUAAGUCCAUUAUACAGUACUGUUGUAUCAACUAAGUGAAACUACUGUUGGAUGAGCUGAUUUUUUUUUUUUUUUUUUAUUCAUUACUGUUUAUCAUACCAUUUUUAUGCACCCUUUCAAGCCAGUUAUAUUACUGAAAUAGUCUUAAGAUGUAAUUAUUUGCAUCAACAUAUCAGGCAUGCCACAGCAUCUUCUUCCUAUGCCUGAUUAUCAUGCUUGGAAGCCUAUAGUUGUGGUGACCAAGAGGUGAGGACCCCAUUCUAUAUGCUGCAAUUAAUGUGGUGUUCUUAUGCAAAGAGUGAGCAAGUGUCAAGACCUGAAUUUCUUUCAAUAUAUUAUAGUCACAGCAUGUCACCAACUCAGAAAAAAAAAGAAAAAAAAGUGUCAUUUUUUGCACAGUAGUAUAGUGAGACAAAUUCCCUGCCACAGUGGAUAAUUAUAAAUAUUUUGGAUAUUAAGCAGUAUUAGCCAGAUCAAUGUUUUUUGUGUUAUUACAAAGUACAUAUAGUCACAGAAAAUAUGUUUUAAACACUGUUAAUACUGUAUUUGUACUUAAUGUUUUUUUGUUUUUUUGUUUUUUAUUUAUUUAUUUAUUUUUUUUUUUUUACCACUCCAUGGGAACCAUAAAAACCCAUUACCAACAUGAAA